AGAGAUUUAACGUUGACUGCGCUUUUCUUUGAGCGUCGGACCAGACGAUUUUAUUUGAACGUGUUUACUCGAUCGAUCGCCAUCUUUCUAUUGAAGCUGACGGAGUGACUACAUUCGACGGGAGCCUGUUCGUCAUUGCGGUUUCGGAUUAAAGUGAAUUCAACCUCAAAAGCAGCCACCCCUUCAGGAUAUGGAUAUAGGGGUUGUUAUCUCUGCGGUUUUACUCGGUCUGGUUUGCCUAUAUCAAACCGGAAAUGGGGAUGCUUCGAGGGUGGAGAGGCAGAUUUUAUAUCCGCCACCCAUUGUCUUUUACAAUGGUGGGACUUACAAGCUCAUCUUAGGCGUAGCUGUACCCAUAUCAAUCCGUGGUAGACUUCUGUCUGUUGGUCAUAACAUUCAAUUUCAAUAUCCACUGCCACGGAACGCCUCAUAUUUUACAAACUACUUUGACUCGGUGUCGACGAGGCGUCGGCGUCGGUCAAUGAAGGACGAGAGAUCGAUGAUCUAUCGUUAUAUGGAGAACGAGAUAGAGAGAUGGGGUGCCAACGGUAAGGACUGCCUGAUGAGAAGCAUAUGCGAGGCUGCCGAGACUCCACUAAGGGAUGAAGGUCUGGUCGGCGAACUUCUUCACGUUCUGCUGACACCCAACUACGGUGGCGACUCUUCGGCAGGGGAUGAUUAUCUGGUAGCACACGAGGCUGGUCUUCGAGGGGAUGAUUGCCGAAGGAUCUACCCCUCCUGUCCAGAUGGAUACGGUGUCCUCGAUAAUAUCAGUAAGGUCCUUGGUCCCGGAUAAGAAAAAGACAAUGGAGUCCGGAAGAAUUUUUCAAGCAAACAAAAAUAAAGAAAAAAAAUCCUCCCCUAUAAUUUUUCUUCUACAUCUCAACCUUACCAACGCCAUGGUAAUUAAUGUUAAAAUUAUUAUUAAAUGCUCGUGAAUAAUAAUUUGCUAAUCAAGUCUGACUCAGUUUUAACUAUUUCCACUUAGAUCAUCAUGUCUGAUCAUUAAUGUCCCUCUCCACUGUAUCUAAGCCUAUUAUAUCCCAGCAACCCUUCAGGACGAACUAUCAUCCCCUUAGAAAGUUCCUUUUCUCAAGAUUGGUACCCAUAUCGGUAUACUGUCUCCAGGGAUUCCUGGCUCCAAGAAUUAAAUCACUUUUCGGAAUUGACGUCAUUCGUCUUGAAAUUAACGAGUCUGUUUCAGCUAACUCACAGACCCUACUCCGGACUUUAACCCAGGACUAAGAUACCCCGCUGCCACAGUGUAAAAGGACGCGUUAGGUGAAACAGCCUGUGUAUUUGUCUCGUAUUCCCUCCUCUCCUCCUCUGCCAUUCUCUCUCACUCUAUGCCAUAAUCAUAUUACCCACAACUCGUAUAUACCUACUAUACCGGGUGUCUAAUGAGAACGAACGACAGGACCAUCCAC